AUGCCUCGUCGACUUCGGCACAAGGCUGCGGUUCCCGGCGCUGAGCAACUGGCUCAGUCCUCAUCAUCCAGGAUAUCAACGGCACGAUCCCGCCCGGCUCAACAUGAAGUCCAAGAUGGAGGAUACCUGGUGGCUGCCCGAUACGAGCUUUUGGACAAAUUGCGCCGUAUCAAGCCCUCCCACUGGCAGCGUCAUAUCGAACAUAUCGAAGCCCACAUGGCACCGGACGGCACGCUGUUCACACCAAUGUCAGACUUCAGUUCGACGCGAAGGCGGCGGCCGGUUCAACCAGACCCAAUUCGGCAGCGCGGCAGCCACUGCGCCUGA